AUGUCAGAGGAAGCCCUUCAAAAGUCAUUUACGAACGCCGUCAACGACAGCAACCUCGUCCCUGGCUUGAAGAUGGUCAUAACGUCUAACAGACCCGACGAGGUCGCAAUCGAUCCAACCGGGCAGAAGAGCGACGCCGCUUUCUUUCAUUCUCACUCCACUCCCACGGAUGACAGACCGCACUGGGGCGAUCAGAUCAUCUCCGUCGAGUUCAAGAGUGCAGUGGAAAACUCCAAGUACGACGCCUUCGACGAUGCCGACGACGUGGAGGGGUUCGCAGAAGCUGCUUCACGCAAGAAGGUCCGCGGGCAGCUCAUCUCGUACGCCGAACUCCUCCUCGCGGUGCAGCAGCGUCACGCCGUCUUCACUCUCUUCGUCAUUGGACGCCAGUGCCGGUUCGUUUGCUGGGAGCGAUCCGGCGCGAUCGCGACGAAGCUUAUCGACUACUACGACGACUGGGAGCGGCAUCGGACGGUGCGCGAGGGAGUCCGACCAGCUCGCCGCAUGAACGAGCUCGCGGACCCCCGAGAUAGCGAUGUCAACCACAACGAGCGGGACGUCGAGGCAAACGAGCUAAACGAGGGUCACGGAAUCCAUGGGGAGUUCGUGUACGUGCGCAAGAUGUUCGCCGACUCCCUUGUCGAGGGGUGGCCCCGCCACGAGGUCGAGAUCGUUGAAGGAGGCAAGACGUUCAAGUUUUGGAUCGCGAAGCCCCACUUCAUCGCUAAAGGUCUCGCUGGCCGCGGUACCCGGGGAUACGUCGCAUACUGGGUUGAGGGUGAUGUCUUCGUGUGGCUCAAGGACUCGUGGCGGGCGGUGUACGCCCUCGUUGACUGCGAAGGCGAUAUCCUCGGAACUCUUAACGGCGCCGGCGCCCCGAACGUGCCCACCUUGCUGUGCCACGGCGACGUUCUCGACCUUGACGUCUCAGUGGUGGUCCUCACGGAAGACGAAAAACCUCCCCUCCCUUCCCCCGACGUUCUUGUUGCUCACGGAGAGGCCUCAAGUGGCCAGAAGCUACCUGAAAAAAUCCUCCAUCGCGACAUCAGCUCGGGCAACAUCCUCAUCUAUCCCAGGGUGAUUGUCAAAAUGUCAUCCCUUCGCCUCCGAUGGCGCGGUCUGCUCGCCGACUGGGAAAUGUCAAAGCCCAUCGUCGAAGAUGAGAAACCAAGGCAGUCAGAGAGGACAGGAACGUGGCAAUUCCAGGCGGUCAGCCUGCUGAGAGCGAACUCUCGUCAACGCGCGGGAAUACCUGAAGAGCUCGAGUCCGUCUGGCACGUCCUCCUCUACCACGCCGUGCGAUACCUGCCGUCCACCCUCAGCGACGAGGAGGUUGCUCUGUUCCUCGACGAGUUCUUCGACGUGUAUCGCAAGGUCCGCCCUUCGAGGCUCAACAUGCUCAUCCAUGACGUUCUCAAGUCCUUGUUCUGGCACUACGCCGUGCAGAAGUUCGACGAAGCGCGCCGCAUCGAGUCCAAGAACUCUGCGAUGACGGCGGCUAGGAGCGGCGACCGCGACGACGACGGCAGUGCCGACCAGGGGCCUUCCACUACCGAGCGUCUCUUGGCACAGAACAUGACUUUCCACGGGUUUUUCGUAGGGGAGAUCAGCGACGCGAAGCGAAUCGCGUCCACCGACCGCAGUCAGAAGCACGAUCGUGUCCCUACAAACUGGGUCUCGCCGCGGAGGCCACCGCCCAAGGUUGGCACCAAGGUCACCGAGACGCAGAGCAGGAAGAAGCGGAAGGUGGCUCUGCAGGAGGCUCAUCUGAACGGGCUUCGGACGGAGCCCAGCGCCGGGGCUCUUGCGUCGACACGAAGAGCGCCGUCGAAGGAUGGCGCCCCUAUGGACCCCGUCCUCCACCCGCGCGGGCAGAGCGACCUUAGCCACGUGCGGGGCUAUUGGAUGUACGGAUGUUUGGGCGUACCGAACAAGGAUCCAUGUACCGACCUUGACGAAGGCGAGGAGAUAAAUUAG